AUGAAUUCAUCUUGUCGCCAUGGGACGGUCUUAUCAACAAAGAAUAAACUGCAUUUACUACUUGCAUUAGAACGCGAAGCUGAAAGAACAAGGCUUUCUCAGUCAUGGCGGCAAGUUAUAAUUUGGGUCUUGCCAACGAUCUGUUUCCUUUUUGAUAUUUUCGCUUUAAAUUGUGCUACUUGCACCAGUUUGAUUUCUUUCUUACUGCGAUAUGAUAAAGCUUAUUCAACGACAUAUGUGGUCGAGAUCACAGCGCUCUUCAUUUGCUUGUUGAAUUUAUCGGUAUGUUUUUUCGAAGCAACAAAAUAUUCGUACCGUGUCACAAGGGGAUUGCCAUCGGAAUUUACACCGCAGCAAGUUUCUGCACGAAAAAUCACUGAUCAAAAUGGUUGCAACAUUUCUUUAUCUCAACCAAAUAGAAAUUUUAUUGCACAGUGGCUUUCGGCUUUACAUUUUGGCAACUGGUCAGCACAAGUUCCGAAAAAUCCAUUUUCAUCAAAUUACAUAAGGCAUAAUUUGACUAGCUCUCCAGUUGGAUCAUCGUUUAAUAGUCGCAAGUCAGGAAGUGCAUUUGGCGACAGCGCCUUGUUCAUGCAUUCAACACCAUUGAUUGAUCACCAUUCUUCAUAUGUAGAGAGACAUCCAGGCCAUUCUGUACCACUGUCUGCGAAAAUUGGUUCAAGAACAUCCCUUCGUAGUCGUCCGACAUCUUCAAUUCAAACAAAUAAACAGUUGGAAGAAUAUCUUCGAAAAAGUCCUGGAAACAAUGAAUUACUCAAAAAUGUCACAACAUCUUUUUCAACAUCGUUUGGUUCAUUCUCAUCUUCCAAAUCCGAGCGUAUCAUUGGUAUUUCUAAGCCAUUUCGUUUGUCAUCUUCCAAAAAUAACAGUUAUGAAGUUGGAACUGCUAUGUAUGAUGAUGAACAAGGGAGAGUGACGGGCGAUGAAAAUAGUGUUGUUUCUUUAGUGACAGGCAGUCGUAUAAUGGUGACUGAUAAACGCAUAUCAUUAUCGCCAAUUCCACUGAAUUUGAUUGAAGUCGACAAUGAAUUAGCCGCUGGAGAUGGCAAAGGUAUAGCGAGUGAUGGAACAGAUGUUGCGCGUAAUGUUAACAACGAUAGCAUUACAUUUCGUGUGAAUCAUAACGCUGCAAAGCGAUCGUCAAAAGGAGGGCAAGGAUUUACUCCGCCGUUGCUUCGUCGAUCAGAAAAUGAACGUCGUCGUCAUUCUAGCUUGUCUCCACAUUCACAUUCUGGGAACCAAUUUUCAAGUGUUGUGCAGUUAAACGGAAUUGAAAGCAGUCCUAUUGGCAAACAGAUACCGAUUACUUCUUCGGAAAUAUUGAAUCAAUAUAGAAUGGACGCUGAAGGCUUCGCUGUCGCUGAACGUAAUUUACGAUCCUGGAUUUGUCAAACAAUUCUACGCCCACUCCUUGUGAAGAUUGAUGAAAUUAAUGCUGUCUUUACAAAGUCCCAUGCACAUUUGCACUUGAAAAUCGGUCACUCAUCUGUAGAGGCACUUCAAACUGCUGCUUCAUCGAAGAGUGAUUUACUGAAGUCAGCUCUUCCAUAUAUUUUACCGUAUCUCAAAAUACACGAAAAACAAUCUUAUUUGAUUAAAAGGUGUCGGGAAUUGUGUGCUGAUGUCUGUAUGAAAAAUUACAACUGGCAAGGUGGGGGAUAUGAACUUGUUGAAAGGAAAGAAGAAGGUGAACAAGAUUAUUCACCAACAGAACGUGUAUGGGGCCCUCAUUUACCAACAGAUGCUCAGCUUAUUUGGUCGUGGUUCUCAAUUUACAUGGAUGCACGAAUGGGAACAAAUCCUUUGAUAAGUGAUAUUGAAAUGCCAUUUUCGUCAGUUUUCUAUCUGAAGAAACCCGCAAAGCCAUCACCACUGCAGUGUAUGAAAAAAUCUUUCUAUAUUUAUCAGAGCAGCAUUCAUCCUCCACACUUUGCAUUAGUAUUGGAUGGUGGCCGUGAACGUUUCGAAGUUGAUCGCGGCACAAGAAAUCUUUGGCGAACAAUUUUACUUUUCAUACAACAUAUUCGGUUGUUUAAUGAAGGACAGCUUGGUAGUAUAAAAAUUGAUGAAAAUGGCAUUAAUCUUGCUUGCGUUCUGGAGUAG